AUGCAGCUGCAGAUGGGGCCGCAGCAGCAGCAGCAGCUGCAGCAGCAGCAUCAGCAGCAGCUUCAGCAGCAGCAGUUGCAGCAGCACCACUUGCAGCAGCAGCAGCAGCAAUGGCUGCAGCGACAGAGAGCGGGCGCAGAGGGGCAGCAGCAGCAGCUGCAGCAGCAGCUGCAGCUGCAGCAGCAACCGCUAGGGUACGGCCUCCACAGCCGUGCUGAAUGCACACCAAAGCAGCAGCAGCAGCAGAUGACGCUGCAGCAGCAGCAGCAGCAGCAGCAGCAGUUUGCUGCUGCAGAUCCUCGGUAUGUAGCGCAGCAGAUGCCUCACCAGCAGCAGCAGCAGCAGCAGCUGCUCUCGCAGCAAGCCUUCAUAGCAAGGCAGCAGCAGGCAGCCCAACAGCAGCAGCAGCAGCAGCAGCAGCAGCAACUGCAGUCUGCAGCAGCAGCAGCUGCACGGUCCCCCGUCCCGCUCCUUCUCUGCUGGCUUCGUACAGCAGCAGCAGCAGCCGCAACAGCAGCAAGUGCUGCAGCAGCUGCAGCAGCAACAGCUCCAGCAGCCGCUGCUGCAGCAGCAGCAGAUGCACCAACAGCAGCUACAUCAACAACAGCUGCAGCAGCAACAUCUGCAGCAACACCAACUGCAGCAGCAGCAGCUACAGCAGCAGCAGCUACAGCAGCAGCAGCUCAGGAGUCAGCUCGGCAGCAGCAGCAGCAGCAGCAGCAGCAGCAGGCGUAUCGGCAGGCUGCUGCACAGCAGCAGCAGCAGCAGCUUCUCUUGCAGGGGCCCCCCAGCUGGCAGCAGCAGCAGCAAACGGCAUUCCAACAGCAGCAGCUGCAGCAGCAGCAGCUGCAGCAGCAGCAGCUGCAGCAGCAGCAGCUGCAGCAGCAGCUUCAGCAGCAGCAGUUGCAGCAGCUCCAGCAACCCCAUCAUCGGGAUCUUAUGCAGCAGCAGCUUCAGCAGCAGCAGCAACUUCAGCAGCAGCAGCAGCAGCAGCAGCAACAGCAGCGGCUGCUUUGUCAGACUGCAGCAACACCUCCUCACGCCCGCAUGGGCACUCUGCAGCAGCAGCAGCAGCAGCAGCAGCAGCAUUUUGCGCAGCAGCAAAUGUUGGGUUUAUCUCCUAGCCAGCAACUACCGCUGCAGCAGCAGCAGCUUCAGCAGCAGCAGCUGCAGCAGCAACAGCUACAGCAUCAGCAGCUACAGCAGCAACAGCUGCAGCAGCAGCAGCUACAACAGCAACGGCUACAGCAGCAGCAACUGCAGCAGCAGCAGCUGCAGCAGCAGCCGUUCAUGCGCGGCCCCCUUGGAGAGACAAUGGCCUUCCCCCAGCAGCAACAGCAGCUGCAGCAACAGCAGCUGCAGCAGCAGCAGCUCCAGCAUCAGCAGUUGCAGCAGCACCAGCUGCAGCAGCAGCACCUGCAGCAGCAGCAGCUGCAGCAGCAGCAGCUACAUCAACUGCAGCAGCAGCAGCAGCAGCAGCAGCAGCAACCCCAAAUCAUCCCUGGCGGCAGCCACGAAUCUCUUAUCCAGCAGCAGCUGCAGCCGCAGCAGCAGCUUCCUAUGCUGAAUCCACAGCAGCAACAGCAGCUGCUGCAGCAGCAGCAGCUGCAGCAGCAGCAGCAACUGCAGCAGCAACGAAUGCAGAUGCAGCACCCAGGGAACUCGUCUUUCUACAACUGA